UGAAAGCGAGGGAAAUUUCAUUCAGUUUUGCAUCGUGUGGAAACGAUUGCACACAUUUUUCAGCCUAUGAAGCGGUGUCUAGCUACAUAUGUCUGUUGACUUGCGCAUCACAAGGCUAAAAAAAAACGGUGAGCAAUACUCUGGAAUGGGCGAAAAACCACCACAGCGAUUCCUGAUGGCGUACGUUCUUUUCCUUAGAGGAGACGAUGGAAAUUUUCAUGUAUUCAAAACAAUUUUGUGCUUUUUCCUUUUACAACUGGUUGCUUGCGAGUUAGACGUACACGGUUCAAGGAUGAGAUCACCAAAACGGGUGCAAGAUUUGAAGGCCGAUUUCAUCAUUGGCGGGUCAUUUCCAGUGUUUCUGAGUGAGAAAAAUGCCACGAAAUGCAACGGCAAUGACAAACGCUUUCAGCUCUUCAAAUCUGUACACGGAGAGACCGUUAACUGCUAUCGAAUGAACUUGUUCGGUUUAAUGUGGGUCGAAGCAAUGUUGUUUGCAAUUGAAGAGAUAAACAACAACUCGACAAUCUUGCCGAAUGUUACUUUAGGAUACGAUAUUCGGGAUAGUGCGAACGAGGUGCAGUUCGCGAUGAGCAACGCAUUAGACUUCUCAACUAAUCGAGAAGAGAUGUACAGAACUGAUGUCAAUACAAAUCGAUCCUGCUCUAACGCGUCCAUCGUCGCUGUCAUUGGUGGAGCUGGCUCAAAAAUAUCAAAAGCUGCAGCUUACGUACUCGGGGUAAACUCCAUUCCGCAAAUCAGUUAUUCUUCCACGAGUCCUUCGCUCAGCAACAAAGCCAACUUUCCAUCGUUUCUCAGGACGAUCCCGCCCGAUUACAUCCAAGCACAGGUCAUGGCGGAUCUUGUGAGUUACUUCAACUGGAACUACGUAUCUACCAUAGCCACUGAUGAAGAUUACGGAAGAUUAGGAAUCGAAGCCUUUAAACGAGAAAUAAAGACGAGGAAUGUGUGUAUUUCUAUCGACGAAUUAUUCCAUCCCGACUACACCUUACCCGACACAAAAGCCCAGAUGUCGUCAAUCGUUAGCGCCUUAAAAGCGGACAAACUCGCCAAAGUUGUUGUGCUUUUUUGCGAGAUUCCAAACGCGCUUGCCCUUUUGGAAGAAGCGGAAAGGCAAGGUAUGGAAGGAAAAAUUUGGAUAGGAACGGAUUCGUGGGGAGACAAAAACUCCAUUUUAUCGUUCAGGGAUUCAUUAGUUGGUGGAAUGUUAGGAGUUGUACCGAGCAAAGGAAAUAUUAUGAGAUUUGAGGAGCAUAUGGCGCAGUUGACACCUGCUAAUACCGAACACAAUCCUUGGUUUAGAGAUUAUUGGCACGGAACGUACAGAUGUCGAAAAGAAAGAAUUGCACAUUUGAAAGAUGGUUUUAAUACUUCGGAAGAGGACCAGCAAAACAGCUCGCUUCACCGAGUGAAAUGCGAUGAAUUUUCGAAUGGCAAAGAGCUGCCAACUGCAGCGAAGGUAGAACUAAACAAGGCCGCAAAUGUCAUGGAUGCAGUUUAUUCUGUCGCUUUAGCUCUCGAUAAGAUAAUUAGGUGCAAAAAAGGACACGGCCUCUUAACAAAUGGUAGCUGUCCCAGUAUAACAAAUGGAGUUGAAGCAUCGGACGUCCUCACUUAUAUAAAAAAUAUAUCCUUUACCGGAAAGCUCGGUUUUCCAAUCGUAUUUGACAAAUAUGGGGACAUAAAAGGUAACUAUUUGGUCAAGAGUUUACAGCCCGAUCCAGACUCCGCGCAAGGAAAAAAGUUUAUCACGCUGGGAACUUGGGAAUGGGCCACUCGCAAACUCCAUUUUCAUAAUAUCACAAACAUCACGUGGAACGGAUGGAAUCCCAGAGUGCCAUUCUCACGCUGCAGUUCAACGUGUGAGCCUGGGCACUACAAAGUCCAAGGCGACUCCAUAUGCUGCUGGAAGUGCGUUCAGUGCCCGUUUGGAAGCAUAACGAACAGAGAGGGUCAAUCACAAUGCAACAUAUGCCCGUUGGGUUUCACUUCUUCUGAAAAUCACACGAGAUGUUUGCAACUCCCGGAAGUGUACUUGGAAUGGCAUUCAACGACUGGAAGUGUUAUUUUAGCUCUCAGUGGCCUCGGGUUUUUGAGUACGAUUUUCACUCUUGGCGUGUUCCAUCGAUAUCGAAACAGCGCGAUCGUAAAAGCUUCCACAAGAGAAUACUCCCAGUUGAUUUUACUCAUGAUAGCAGGCAUUUUUCUUCUUCCUCUGCUACAUGUAGGAAGAGCCACCGACGUCAUUUGCAAAGCGCGCCCGUUCUGCUUUGCAUUUGUUAUCAACUUCUGGGCCUCGCUAAUGUUGACAAAAACCCGGCGUUUGUUACUCAUAUUCAAAAACAAAAUGCUCCCUGGUAAAUUCGGAUAUGGCAUUCGCUUGCAGCUCCUGUUUGCCGUUCUCCUGACUUUGCCAAUAAUGCUCGGCAUCAUACCAUGGGUGUGGUCAUUUCCGCCGGAAGUUACUGUGUACUAUUAUGACACACGCAUCUGUGUUGACUGCGGCGAAAUGGCGCGCAAACUGCUCAUGAUCGUAUUGGGUUACACCGCUGUUCUGGCUAUACCGUCGACGUAUCUGGCGUACAGAGCUCGUAAUUUGCCGGCGAAUUUCAACGAAACACGAUUGAUAGGAUUUACAAUGUUCACAGUAUGUGUGAUAUGGAUAGUCUUUGUACCCUGUUACUUCGACAGCAGUGCAGAAAACAAAAAUGUUGUGUUUUGUUUCGCACUUAUUUCCACAGGUUUCGCGAUCCUCUUUUGCACGUUCUCCGUCCGGUUGCGGAUCAUUUUUUUCCAACCCGAGAAAAACAAAACCGAACUUGUACGGGCCAGUAUGUUUGAUUAUACAAUGCGCGCGCGCAGUGGAUCGUUCGCUGCCCGGAAUCUUCGCCGAAUGUCAGUAGUGACCGUGGGUACAUUUUCCGUUCCAACAAAGGCUCAUUAAAACUGUUAGCAAUAAUUUAUUAACCCUUCAACUCCCAAGAUCUGACUGUUAAUCCUCCCGGUUAGCUGCUUCACUGAAUUCCCUGUGAAUCAGCUACGAGAAUCUUUUGCUAGAUUAAGAUAACAACUUCUACCUAAAGAUAAAACAAGUUCCGACAUUCCAGAUGUGUCCUCAGGGCACUUUUCGACAUCCUAUCUCCUGUAGUGAAUGAUCGUCGUCUGAUUAGAAUUUUUUUCUACAUAUUGAAAAAUAAACUUUCAUGAUACGUGAGAGAUUUUAGGUUGAAUUACCUAAAUACUUUUGACAAGUUUGAAACUGAAAUCCAAAUAUUAACGACUAAAGAAAGUUGAAACGUGUUUAGUAACCUGAAAUUUUCUACCCUUUUAAGAUUGUUUUCAGAACUCAUUACUUAUUAAUACCUUUUUGAUUGGCAUGCAAACUCGCGAGGUUUAUAUCUAAGCUCUGAGAGAAGACAAGUUUAUUCAUCACCAAUGCGUUCUGAAAAUCAUACGA